AUGGAGACAAUAAAGAUCAACCUUCGAGGGACCGUCUUUACGACAUCAUGCAAGGUUCUACAAAACUACCCGGACACGAAACUAGCUUCCCUAACCGACCAAUCUGAAAAUUACAACACAGAAAGGGACGAGUAUUUCUUCGACAGAAAUCCCUCUGGUUUCCAUAACAUCUUGGAUUUUUAUGUAACUGGUAAAUUGCAUAUCUCGUGCACGGUCUGUGCUGACAGUUUUAGGCAGGAGCUCCAUUUUUGGGGAAUCCCUACGAAGUUUAUCAGUAAAUGCUGCUGGAAGGCAUUCUAUCAACUGGACGAGGAUAUGGAUGUCUUAGAGAAGAUCUUGGUUCGACUCAAGUGCGGCCUACGUGAAUCUAAUGUUGAAGAAGAUAGCAGUAGUUCCACAUGUCAUCGACUCCGGUCUAAAGUGUGGAGGCUACUGACCGAAGUUCAGUCAUCGACACUAGCAAAGGUCUGGCAUAGCCUGUUUGCCCUGGUGUUGAUUAUUUCGAUAUUGGUGUACACCCUUCAGACACUCGAGGAGUUCCGGGUGGAGAGAAAUGACCAUAAGCGACUGGACACUAACACAAGUUCCGUUAAACUACGUCUGCUUUGGAACACCUCGCCACAUCCAUGGCUGAUCGGGUUAGAUUUCGUUUGCAAUGCAAUUUUGACAUUAGAGCUUAUCUUGCGCGUGCUGACAUGUCCGAACUUGAAGGAGUUUUGGAAGAGCGUUUUAAACGUAAUAGAUUUGGUGUCGUGUGUGGGUAUAUGGGUAACCCUGUCUUUCGAGAGCGUGCAUACCCAUUUAGAUUUCGGUCCAAUCUGGAUCAUCUCGUGCGUGUUUGGAUUUCUGUAUUGUUUCCGGAUACUACGUGUCCUCCGACUGUUCCGUCAUAACUGUGGAAUGCAGAUACUCUAUCUUAGCAUCAAGUCCAGUUCCAAGGAACUCUGUCUCCUCGCGUCUGCAUUUGCGUGUUUCGUAAUCAUAUUCGCGGGUUUUAUAUAUGUUGCCGAAUUACAAGCGGACACAUUUACCGACAUGUUCAUUUCUAUGUGGUGGUCUGUAAUCACCAUGACAACGGUGGGGUAUGGCGACCAUUUCCCUUCCACUGGAACUGGCUUCGUGGUCGGGGCGGCGUGUGCAUUGGUUGGGAUAUUGCUGAUUGCACUUCCGGUUGCGGUUACUUCAUCAAAUUUUCAUGACUUUAACAAGUUCAACAAAUAUAGAAUUCGACACUUCGUUUUGUCAGAAAAGAAAAGUAUAGAUGAAAUUGGAAAGCGUUUAAAAUUGAAAUGUUCGAAAGUAAAACCAAUGGAUAUAAAAAAACAUAAUACUUUUGAAUAA